AUGGCACAGCCCGCCGAGGAGCUCAAGACCAUAAUCCUGAACGAGGAAUUCCCCGAUCGGUGGGUGAAGAUCGGCACCAAUCUGGACCCCGACCUCCGAAGGCAGUUCAUCGACUUCUUACGGCAGCAUGCGGAGGUCUUCGCCUGGUCUUAUGACGAUAUGCCCGGCAUAUCACCCGAUGUCAUCACCCACAAGCUCAGCAUCUCCCCCGCCCACAAACCAGUCAGGCAAAAGCGCCGAUCGUACGAUGCCGAACGGUAUGAGGCGAUGCGUGCCGAAGUUGACAAGCUCAAAGCCAUCGGCUUUAUCAGGGAAGCUACGUACCCUGUUUGGCUUGCCAACUCAGUCAUGGUUCGGAAGGCCAGGGGAGGAUGGCGAAUGUGUCAGGACUAUACCGACCUGAAUAAGGCUUGUCCGAAGGACAGUUUCCCCUUACCGAGGAUCGACCAGCUCGUCGAUGCCACCGCCGGGCACGAGCUGCUCAGCUUCAUGGACGCGUAUUCAGGAUACAACCAGAUCUUCAUGGACCCCUGCCGAUAG